AGUUUCCGGUUUAAAUGUAACUCCAAACUUGUUCAGCUCAGAGUCUGAAAGGUCGGAACUAUCAGCAGGAAUCUCUGGUUUUUCCAUAAUUCUGUGAUUGUAUUUGUUAUUAGGUGUAGAAGGUGAAGGCUGGAGGUCAGGCCUGAGUGCAGUAGGUGUGUUAUGUGCAGUAUUUCGGCGCUUUGGUGGGAACGCUUGUUGUUUUGGUGAAGUUGAGUUAGUAAGGCAGUGCAGUGAGAGUCUGGAUGAGGAAUCAUUAUCUCAACAAGCUACGAGUUCUGUAAUGACUGUUUUAUUCAUCCUUCAGCGAUCGUAAUGGCAACAACGGUGCGGGUUUUAUACGACUUCUCAGCGGAGCCUGGAAAUAAUGAGCUGUCGGUGAGAGAAGGAGAGACCAUCACCGUCACCAACCAGAAUGUAGGAGGAGGAUGGAUCGAGGCACGGAACUCCAGCGGCGAGGUCGGCCUGGUCCCGGAGGACUAUAUCGAGCUGGGUAACACUCGGGCGUUUGCGGCGGGAGGAACGGCACCUCCACUCGACCUAACGUUUUUCGACAGUAACACCCCUGCUCCAGCCACACAAAAUCAGGUGGAUGUAGUUCAGCAGGAUACCCCACUCACCCCCGUCACCCCCGUCUCCCCGGCACUGUCCUCCCCUGAUGAGACGAGUAAUGGUAAUGACCCCUGGGCGGUGUUUGAUACCAACGCGUCUGGAGGAUUCUCCAAUAACUGGGCAGCCCAGCCGGAGGGCACGGAGACUGGGCAGACUGGGAACGCGUGGGGUUCUGCUGGACAUGGCCACCCUCAGGCGUACUCAGGCCCAGGUGGGGAUGACGACGAGUGGGACGAUGAUUGGGACGACAGGAAGUCCUCGGGUGGGUUUGGUGAGGCUGAAUCAGGAGAAGGUGGAGCAAUGAACAGAGGAGCUCAUGGAUCCUCCAUGAAAAUCACCCUCAACAAAUUUCCUGGUUUCUCUAAAUCAGGACCUGAGUUGUACCUCCUGUCCAAACAGGCCGGCAAAGGACCCAAACUGUCUGUCUAUAGUGGCGAUGUCGGCCCUGUGUGGGAGUAUCCCGAGGGCCAGCUGGACUGCGUCGUAGCAGAUCCCAAAAAGGGCUCCAAAAUGUACGGCCUCAAGAGCUACAUCGAGUACCAAGUAAUACCCAACACCACAAACAAACCUGUCAAUCAUCGAUACAAGCACUUUGAUUGGUUGUAUGAGAGACUUCUGGAUAAAUUCGGUUCGGCCAUCCCGAUCCCAUCUCUCCCUGACAAGCAAGUGACGGGACGGUUCGAGGAGGAAUUCAUUAAGAUGCGCAUGGAGAGGCUGCAGGCCUGGAUGUCCAGGAUGUGCCGACACCCGAUCGUCUCCAACAGCGAAGUCUUCCAGCUGUUUCUCACAUACAAAGACGAAAAGGACUGGAAAACGGGGAAGAGAAAAGCAGAAAAGGACGACACCGUGGGCGUGUUGAUCUUCUCUACCAUCGAGCCAGAGGGACUGCCAGACCUGGACCUUCUUGAAGUGGAGCAGAAGUCUGAGCAGUUUAGUCGUUUCACCAAGUCGAUGGACGACGGAGUGAAGGACCUGCUGACUGUCGGACAUGAACACUGGAAGCGCUGUACAGGACCACUGCCGAAGGAAUACCAGCGAAUUGGAAAAGCCUUCCAGAACCUGUCAUUAGUCUUCACCAGCAGUGGAUAUGAAGGAGAAUCCACACUAACAGAUGCUCUUACAGCAGCGGGGAAGACCUACGAGGAAAUUGCUCAGUUGGUGGCCGAGCAGCCCAAAAAGGAUCUUCACUUUCUCAUGGAGACAAACAACGAGUACAAAGGCAUGCUGGGAUGUUUUCCUGACACCAUUGGAGUUCACAAGGCUGCCAUCGAGAAGGUAAAGGAGGCUGACAAGUUGGUGGCCACCAGUAAGAUAACCCCGGCCGAAAAGGUCACCAUGGCCAAGCGAGCGAGCACCAUGUCUUAUGCAUUACAAGCGGAGAUGAACCACUUCCACAGUAACCGUAUCUAUGACUACAACAGAGUGAUGCAGCAGUACCUGGAGCAGCAGGCCAAAUUCUACGAGACGAUCGCCGAGAAGCUGAGACACGCCCACAGUCAGUUUACCACCAUGUAAAGAAGAGGACUGCACUCAACCCAACACCCUCGCUCUCUCUCUCUUUUCCUUCUUGCUUAUUCUCUUCUACUCUUAUGUUUUUACCUUACCUUAUUUUGAGAUCUUUGCCACAGACCCCAGUGCUUUCAAAAGAUUCAUUUGUUGUCAGACCAAAGCUGGUUGAAAUAAAAACCAUGCCUUGUUUUUUGGCACAAAUCAUCCACCUCCCAUCUCCCAUUUUGCUCCCAAUUGAGCGUGUAGUCAAUCUGUCUUCCACUGCUGGAGAAUCUCUGAUUGCAGUGUAGGUGGGAAUAUUGCUGCUCACGCCUCUUCCAACUCUUUUUCACCCAUCACUCUGCACUGCCUCUCUAUCUGCCAAUCAGGGUCCUUACACAGCGUUUGAAGACCCCACCUGCAGAGUCCGGUCAAACGUGUCUGCUGCAGGCACUGCCAAUUAUGGCCGCUGGAUGGUGCCCAGCCGACCGGUGGCAAAGCAGAGUUUCGAACCUAGGAGUUCAGAAUCUCUGCGCUGGUGUGCUAGCGGAAUAUCCCGCUGUGCCACCUGGGUGCCUCGUCCGCCUGCAAUUCUGUGUCAGAGAUACGAAGCAGAUAGCUGCGCAUUAUCACUGCAUUUCUGUCUGCACUUGCAUUAUGAACAAGCCAAUCUAGGACAGGAUGAUUAUGACUGAUUUUGGUCAUUUCCACUUCCUCACUUCAUUUCGCCAUGUUUGUGCCCUUUUUA